AAAUUUCUGAUAACUUUUAAGAAACAUAAAUCCUAAAAAUGAUGCAUACUGAAAGAAAUUAUGACAAUCAGAAUGAUCUCAAAUUUCAACAGCUACUGAUUGAUGCUCUCUGAGAACAGAUGAUCUAUUGUAUGUGUGCUGAAUCACAAGCAGUCUCUUGUGGUUGUCUUCACUUAAAAGAAUCUAGUAGAACCGAUCACAAUGGCUGGUCUUUGGACACGAAUGAAGACAUGGUCCAUUCUCCAUUUUCUGUUUUGUUACAUUCUUUUAGUCAGUGGCUUUAUCACAUGCUUCCUGAUGUCACUAACCUUAGUUCUCUGGCCUCUUAAUAAAGAUCUCUAUCGCAAAGUCAACAGCUAUUUAGCAUACCUGUGGUGGUGUCAGUUUACAUUCCUUGGACAAUGGUGGUCUGGAACCGAAUGUGUACUAUACAUUGAACCUUCAGAUUUACAAUAUAUCGGCAAGGAACAUGCUUUAGUGAUCAUGAACCACAAGUAUGAUAUAGAUUGGCUCAUGGGAUGGAUACUUACCGAGCGUUUUGGAAUGCUUGGGGGAUCAAAGAUUUACGGCAAAAAAUUUCUGAAAUAUAUUCCAAUCCUUGGAUGGAUAUGGUAUUUCACAGAAAGUAUAUUUCUAGAGAGAAAUUGGGACCAAGACCAGAAAACUCUAGUUCGCGACAUUCAAGAAAUUGCUAGUUUCCCGCAAGAUGUUUGUAUUACCAUACUGUUGUUCUGUGAAGGUACUCGAUUCACUGAGGAGAAACACAGGAUCAGUAUGGAAGUUGCUGAGAAAAAAGGUUUCCCCUAUCUAAAGCACCACUUAUUGCCCCGUACAAAAGGAUUUGUGCUAUCUCUUCAGGCAAUGAAGGGCAAAAUCCCGGCUAUAUAUGACUGUACAGUCGCAUUUCGUAAGGAUGGUGCUGAACCAACUCUGAGAAAUAUUUUACAUGGACGCAUGUGUCGAGCUGAAAUGUAUGUAAGGAGAAUCCCUAUUGAUACAGUUCCUUACAACGAUAGCAAAGAAUGUGCCAACUGGCUCCAUAAACUCUAUCAAGAAAAGGAUAAACUAUUUGAUCAGUUCACUAUGCUAGGUCGUUUCAGUGGAGUCCAGAAACGUACAAUACCCCGACGUUAUUGGGAUUUGAUCGUCUGGCUUUGUUGGGCAUCAGUUCUCUGUCUGCCACUAUUUGUGUAUAUAUGGAAUCUUAUCCAAAAUGGAAUCACUCUUUACCAAGCUUUAUUUGUUGUCACUUUGACUGUAGUGGCUCGGUUUUUCAUGAAAUGGAGUAUUGGCUUGAGUGUCAUCAAGAAAGGAUCAGCCUAUGGCAAAAAGAAUUAAACUUCCCCACUUUAUAUAGAUGUAUAAAGCAAGAUUUAAAGGGGCUUUUUUUUCUCCUUAUGUUAUAGGUUAGAGUGAGAAGAAUAUUUGUUAUUCAUAUUUGUAUUUGUUGUGAUUGGUUAAUUAUAUUAUAAACAUUUUAACAUAUGGCAGCAUAUCUCUGUGAAAAUAUUCAUGUGGUUUUUUUUUUCUUACAUAGUUAUUUCUCACACCUUACACACCUUCCCCCCACUCCAAAUUGCCAAAUUACAAUUUUGUCUUUCACAACUCUAAACUGGAACUUAUUUAAAAUGUAAAAAAAAUAUAAUAAAAAAAAAAACAGAACAAAAAAUUAUAAAUAAAGAAAUAAAAAAGUUGUUAAAUUUUGUUGAUUAGUUGACCCUGAAGUUUACAUAUUUGCAAAUUUAAAAGCUGAAAUUAUAGCUAAUGUUGCUAUGGAAAUUGCUUGCAUAAAACUGCUAUAUUUUCGGUCUUCCUGCAUCUGUUUCACAGACCUUUUAAACAAUAAAAAUACAAUUACCACAA